AUGUAUUAAGCAGAAACAAAAUAAUAAAGAAGAUUAACAUUUUGGAAAUGUAUGGGAGUUACAACAUUUUCAUACGCUGUAAGUAAAACUGCAACAGCUCCUUUAGAAAGAAUAAAAUUAAUAUUGUAAGUGAGUCCAAUAUUAAAAUGUGAAGAUAAGAUUGAUAAAACAUGGUCAGGAAUCAAAUAAAUAUACAAAACAUAAGGAUUAUAUUCUUUUUGGAGAGGGAAUAGCCUAAAUGUAAUAAAGACUAUUCCUAAUUCUGCAAUACGUUUUACUGUAUAUGAUAAAUUGAAAUAAUAUGUAUUUGAGAAUGGAUAGAAUGAAAAUGUAAGAAUAAUCAUAUUAAAAAAUAGUAUAUUAGACAAUUUACAAAUAGAUUAAUGUUAGGAUUUAGUACAGGUUUAUUGAAUCAAAUAAUCAAUUAUCCUCUUGAAGUUCUGCGUAUAAAAUUAACAGUGGAUAUGAGUCAUUUUAAUAAAGCUCGUAUGUAUUCUGGUAUUUUUGAUUGUUUGAAGAAGACUCUAAAAACAUAAGGAUUCUGUGCAUUAUAUUAAGGAUUUGUAAUAUCUUCUUGUGUAACAAUACCAUACUUAGGAAUAAGUUUUGUUGCACAUGAUUAAUUAAAGGAUCUAAUACCUUUACAAAAUAAUUCAGAUUAGAUUUGGAUUUAAUUAUCGCAAUUUAUUGGAAUCGGAUCUCUUUCAACAAUCAUAGCCACAGCUUUAACUUAUCCAAUAGAUACCAUACGUAGAAGAAUUUAAAUUAAUGGAUCCUUAGGAGUAUAGAGAGCUUAUAUAUCGUUUUCUGAUUGCGUUAAGAAAAUGAGGAAAGAAGGAUUAUUAUCUUAUUAUAGAGGAUAUUGGAUUUCAUUAAUUAGAAUAAUACCAGCUGCUUCUAUUCAAUUUGCAUGUUUUGAUUAUCUAAAAGAAUUAUCAACUUGA